AUGGCUGUGGAUUGUGUUAUGGAGUUACAAAGAUUUGCGGACAAGGAGUUGGUGCAACUUAGGCGUGAGGCCUGGAUGAAGGGUGGGUUCUAUGUCAGUCCCGAGGCAAAGCUGUUGUUUGUCGUCCGUAUCUGUGGUAUCAAUGCUAUGCACCCGAAGACCAAGAAGAUCUUGCAGCUUUUGCGUUUGAGGCAGAUAUUUAAUGGUGUGUUCCUUAAGGUCAACAAGGCCACCAUUAACAUGCUACGUUGGGUUGACCCAUAUGUUGCUUACGGAUCUGUUAUCUGUCUACCUUUUGAGUCUUAAUUGAAUGCAUUCAUGUUGCCUUCCUCAUCUCCUAAUGUAAAAUAAAUUAUAAUUGGUCUUUGGUUAGAUAAAUUUACCUCUGUUGUCUAC